AUGCUAGAACAUGAUGUUCAGUUAUGGAACACACCUAUUACAAUGCCAGAUACAUUUACUUUGCAUGAAAAAUCCACAUACCAAAAUGAUAAUAUUGAUGCAGACAAUUUAGAAUCUAAACCACAUUAUAAUCUGCGAAAAAGAUCAAAAACAGAAAAUAUAGAAGAGAGAGCUGAAGAAAUUUUUGAAGAAAAUUUUGAGGAGUUGGGAACAGAAAUACCAGUAAAUCUCGACAAUAUUGAUCUAGAUCCUGAAGAUCUUCAAGGAGCAUCGUUAGAUGAUGCUUUAGAUGCUAUUGAAGGAAAAAAUUUACCAGAAUGCGUAGCAAAGUGGCCAAAUGAUGCAUACAGAGAUUUCAUGAGAUUAAUUCAAUCUGGAAGAAUCUCCAUUACCGAAAUCAACCAAAAAUGGCAAAGACCAUCUCAAUCAAAUAACUUCACUUCAUUAGACUUCAAAGAAAAAGUUGUUUCAACCUACAGCAGUAUUGACAUUACAUUCUACUAUUGUCCCAUAUUUCGCGCUAUUCAAGCUCUUCUGCAACGACCAGAAGUAGCUAAUAAUUUUGUCUAUAAGGGAAUUCUAAAGAAAAAAAGGGAUGAUGGAAGCGAAAUAAGAGUGUUUGGUGAGCCAUAUGAAGGUGACUGGUGGCUGGAAACGGAAAAGAUUCUUCCGCUAUUAAAUCACCUAUUGUCUAUCAUCUUAUAUUUGAAUAGAACCACUUUCGAUGGACUGGGCAAGACAUCAGGCCAUCCAGUAUUUUUAACGCUUAGAAAUGUUCCAAAUUGGCGUGAAAUAUUUCACAAAUGCUUUAAUAUCAUGCUUUGGCCUUUACUGGAGAAACCUAAUACGUUAUGUUUUGGGAUUAAUGGACAAGCAAAAACAUUUGCUGCACAAAUUUCUUUUUUUCUUGCGGAUAUGCUCAAAGCAGAUGAUGUGACUGUUACAUAUAAAGGAGCGCGAUGUAAAAUGCCAUGCUAUCAUCAGUAA